AUGGGGGUUCUGAAGGUGCUGUCGGUGCUAGGCUUCCUGGAGGUGGCUCUGGGGGGCUCCUCUGCUCUCCGCUGGGACAGCACCUCCUGCCACUUGGCUGGGCCCAUGCCCGGUGGCCCCCUGGAGUUCCUGAGCUUCCUGGGCAAGGAUGCCCGGGGACUGGCCCUGUUCCACGCCCGCUGGGAUGGGCGCGGAAGGCUGCAGGCAUGUAGCCGGCAGGGCGAGCCCAAGCUCACUGCAGCCUUCCGCACCCUCUGUGCUCAUGAGACUACCCGGGGUGCCUUCACACACACCCCUGGGCCUGAGCUGCAGAGAGCCCUGAACACCCUUCAGAGCCAGUGGAAGGCCUGCCACAGGCCUGGGGAGCAGCCAGCAGAGGAGGCCAGGAAGAAGCGAGCAGCUGGGCAGAGUGGAGCAUCUGGUGGGGGAUGCUGCCGGGCCAAGAGAGGCUGGACCAUGCCUGGCACACUGUGGUGUGGUGUUGGGGACUCUGCUGCAAACUCAUCGGAGCUGGGGGUCUUCCAGGGCCCCGAUCUCUGCUGUCAAGAACACGACCGCUGCCCACAGAACAUCUUGCCCUUCCAGUACAGCUACGGCAUCCGAAACUACCGCCUCCACACCAUCUCCCACUGCGACUGUGAUGCCAGGUUCCAGCAAUGCUUGCGAAACCAGCAUGACUCCAUCUCGGACAUUGUAGGUGUGGCCUUCUUCAAUGUGUUACAGAUCCCCUGCUUCGUGCUGGAGCAGCAGGAGGCGUGUGUGGCAUGGUACUGGUGGGGCGGGUGUAGAACGUAUGGCUCAGUGCGUCUUGCCCGUCUCCAGCCCAGGAUCCUCUACAAUGCCUCCUGGAGUGCCCCUCUGGGAGCCACCCCCAUAACUCCCAGUUCAGCCCCCACCAAGCCCCAACAGAAGCAGUACCGUAGGAAGUGGCCACCACAGCUGGAAGGGCCCAAGCACCUCAGUAAAGUCAGCGGUACAGCCUUCUGGGUCCCCAGUCCACGCCUCCAGGGGCCACGGAAUGGCCUAAAACCUGAAGGCCCUCGCCAUGCCUGUCGCAGCUUCCGCAGUCUGGACCAGUGUGAGCACCAGAUCAGGCCCCAGGAGACCAAGUUCCAGCUGCUCAACAGCGCCCGUGAGCCCCUCUUCCACUGCAACUGCACGCGCCGCCUGGUGCGCUUCCUGAGAUUCCACAGCCCACCUGCAGGCACCAGUGCGCUUUGGGAGCUGCUGGGCCAGACCUGUUUCAAGCUGGCCCCUCCGCUGGACUGUGCUGAGGGCAAAAGCUGUCCUGGAGGCCCUAGGGCCAUCAAGGUGUCAGCUCGACAUUUGCGGCGGCUUCAGCAGAGGCGACUUCAGCUCCGGGGUGCAGGCACAGAUGAGGGGCAGGCGUGGCCUUUGGAGCCCACAGGGGCCCCCAUGACAUUCUACGACCAGUGCCUGUGGCUGACCCAGGCAGUCCGGAGCCCUGGUGGGCAGCAAAAAUCCUGGAGCCACUGA